CUCUUUAACAUCAAUAAACAGUUAAGAGGAAGAGUUCCUCCAUUCCUUAACAUUCGAUUGACCAAACAUUAUGGCUACUGAAGAUAGAGCAGGAGCUGAAAUUGUACGAGGAAAGGAAGCUUGUGAGCGAUUUUCGGCGGAGCUGAUGAAAGAGCUGGGAUUUCCUAGUGGUGUCCUUCCCACAGGAGAGCUGGUGGAAUGCGGGAGGGUGCGAUCCACUGGUUUCGUGUGGUGGAAAUGCAAGACCGCCUAUGAGCAUUUCAAUGUGGCAACCAACACCAAGAACAGCUAUGCUGCCGAGACCACGGCAUAUGUGGAGAAAGGGAGGAUGAAGAAGAUGACGGGUUGCAAGGCUAAGCAGAUGAUGGUGUGGGUUCCCAUUGUAGAAAUGUACAUUGAUGGCAACAAGAUCUCCUUCAAGUCAUCCAUGGGGGUGGGCAAGUCCUUCCCUAUCAUCUCUUUUAUGAAUGAAGAGGAAAAGAAGGCUUAUCUCCAAUAAAAAAAUGCAGCAAAUUAAACAUUAGUGACUAGUCAAGUCAGGAUCAUUCCAUGAAGGUCUUUUAUCUUAUUUCCAUACCCUAUCAACUUUAAGUGUCGCGUUCCUUUUUUUAUGAGUCUUUGUAUUUCUGUAUCCUUACUUCAUGACCCAAUUAUAUUUUAAUGCACUAGAUUAUUUAAAACCA